UUCCCUUGCCCCCCCCCUCCUUGCCCCCCCCUUCGAUCUCCGCAUGAGCCUCCGAUCCUGGCUCCUGCGCUUCGUCCAAGUAUAUCGUCGGCAUCAGUCCCUGGCACCCAGCCCCUCACCGCCAUCUCCUGCACCGCUCCCGCCUGGCGUGCCGCCUUCUUCGCCGGAGCCGCCACCCAGCCCCUCGCCGACAUCUCCUUCCCCGCUCCCGCCUGGCGUGCCGCCUUCUUCGCCGGAGCCGCCACCCAGCCCCUCACCGACAUCUCCUGCACCGCUCCCGCCUGGCGUGCCGCCUUCUUCGCCGGAGCCGCC